AGCUGUUUUUGACAGUUUAACAGUUUGUGUCAGUUUUGUUUACAUCUGUGGUUUCACGGCUUGCUGUUUUACAGAAAAAAAGCAGAAGAAAAGGAUAUUUGUAGAAAUGUCAAGUGGUCAAGGGGGUGUUAUAAUUAAUGAAGUUGUGAGAGCCAUUAAUGAGAUGAGAGCGUCUGAUAUUCUUUGGAAUACCAAACAUCCUCAAUAUAAUACUCCAGCUAGACAACAGGCUAUAGAAAUAUCUGCAAAAAGAACUGAUCUCUCUGUUGAAAGACUGUCGAAUCUAAUAAGAUAUGUAAAAAAGAAAUAUGCAGAGGAAGUUAUCCGUUUGCAAUCGGAUGAUCCUGAGGUUAGAGAGAGAACUUGCUGGAAAUGGUACUGGAAGUGCCACUUCCUGAAGGAACCACAGGAAUAUUUGCCAUUGUAUCCAGAUCCUCAUUUUAUGAUGCAAAAUUACCAAGUUGUCCCUCAGAAAGCCAUUCCUGUAGCCACUCCAAUGAGCACUGAAGCUGUCUACAUUAAAACUGAGCAUGAUUCUCUGGAAUCCCCACCGGCGCCUAAAGUCUUUAUCCUUGACCCAGAUUCCGGGAUUAAUUGCAAAACGGAAGAUAAUCCUGUUAAAUCUGAAAAAUCACCGGAAGAUGAUAGUUCCAAGAGAAAAUUCAUCAUUGAAAGCACAAUUGCAUCGGUAAAAUUUGAUUUGUGCAACAGAAAUGUUUCUCAGGACGAUUUGGCAGAUUUUCACAGCGAACUUAUUAGAUACAUGCACCAGUAUUUUAUGAAAUAAAUUAAAUUUGCAUCGAGAAGCAGUUAAAAGGUUUUUUUUAAGACUUUGCACAUUGCUCGAACUUGUAGACCUGACUUUUAUGGGGGGUUUUCUUAAAAGAUAAAACUACUCUGUAACCGAUUGAUCUGUACUGUACGUUAUUAUAACAUGUUUCUUGAAUUUGUAUAUCGAUCUUUUUGAGUUUGAGGAAUAAAUGAAUGUAACUCAGA